AUAGAAGAACAGCUUUAGUUCACCUCUGUGUGACAGUACUGGAGAGCCACAGAGAGACUGUGUGUGUUGUCGAGAGCCAAAUAGAGUUUGCAGGGCUUGUCGAAAACUAGGAGUGAGACCGAUUCACACACCCGUAGUAGAGAAGGUGAACCUCACCUCACUAAAACGUUCAGGAUGUUCAAGAAGAAAGACAGUACAUUGAAAGAUGAUUCCAAGACGAGCAAGUCACAGGUGAGUUCCCUAGCCUUGCUGAUUGCACGCAUGCAGAAGAAUGCAGACAACGUUGAGAAAGAUGUACUACAUGCAGAGCAGCUGCUCGUCAUUGAUGCUGACAAUGAGAAAAAGAAUCAGAAAAUAGUAAAUCAGAAGGAGACGGCAGACCUUCUAGGCCAGGCAGAGGGACUUCUGAAAGAUCUAUUCUUGGAUAUGGACAAAGCAAAGAAAUUGAAACACCCUCAGGCAGGAGAAAUAGAGAAUGAUGUUAGUCGACUUCAUGAGCGCUGGCUAAAAGAUUGUGCCCUUUACCGAGAGCUGUAUGAGCCAUUAAAUGAGGUGGAACUACAGCCAAGAAUUAACUGGUCUCAGGUGCUGAACCAGAAACAGAAAGACGCAAGUAAAGAGGAGUACGGUCCUACCAUGGUUGAACUGAAGAAGCAAAUUGCAGCUCAUAACAUCCUACAUAAGGAGAUUGAGUCUUACAACAAUCAGCUAAGCCCGGGAUCUACCAGCUCUCAGGAGGAAUAUGCUGCCAUUAAGAAGCAAUAUGCUAACCUACUGGAUAACUCCAAAUGGAGACAUCACUAUCUGAACAGCCUGUACGACUACAUGCAGGACUGUGAGAAGGAGGUAGCAUACAUGAGGGAAGAGCAAAACAAAAUCCUUAAACAGGACUGGAGUGAUCAGAUGGUCGACCAUACUGAUGUUCGCAGACAGUAUGAGAAUUUUAAGAAUAACAGUCUGCUGUCUCAUGAAAGUGAGGUCAACAAACUGCAAGAUGAUGGGGAUCGACUGAUUGAGCUGAAACAUCCUGCCGCCAGCACUAUACAGGCCCAGAGAGACACUGUUAGGAAUGAAUGGCAGACAUUUCUGAAUCUUUGCAUCUGUCAGGAAACACAUCUGGACAAUAUAGAGGAGUACAAAAGGUACCAAUUGGAUACAGAUACCUUGUCUGAGUCUUUGUCUAAGCUUGGUUCCUCUGUUGAUACGAAAGCACUCAAUGGCAAAACCUACACUGAAAUUCAGAUGCAGAUUGAGGCUGAGGAAAGACCUUUACAACGUAAUGAGCAGCUAUUGGCUGACCUGAGGAAGCGAAGCACCGCCAUCGCGCCACUAAAACUUCGCCGUUCUGCUCCCAGCAAAACUACCACUGUUGAGUCUCUGUGUGACUGGAAAACUCCCAAGGCUUCCUUAAACAGAGGAGAGCUGUUCAAUCUGAAGUCCAACUCAGACAAUGACAACUGGGAGGUGCAGUCCAGUGAAGGGACAAGCAAAAAGUUUCCUGGAGUUUGUUUUAUGAUUCCUCCACCUGAUCCUGAGGCCAUCAACAGAGUUGACCUACUGGGGAAAGAGUUGGAUGAUUUAAAGAAGAGACGAGCUUCUUUGAGAGCUUCACUGAACAAUCAAUCAACAAAGUCCUCCCUUUCACAGGCUCCAGUUCUUGCUCCAAGAGCCGAGGACAACCCCAGAGCUGUAGAGCUGGCUGGCCGUCUGAACCAAAUGGAUAAAAAUCUAGCUCAAGCUGAGAAGGACACACUGAGCAGUCUGAGAGCCCCACUGAACCGCACUGACCCUGCCACAGACCUCACCAACCGUCUGAAGGAGCAAGAGAAAACUGCAGCAACUCUCCAGCAGUUGGAAAAGCAGAGGGUUGCAGCCAAGAAGGAGAUUGAACCUUUGUUUUCUCAGGACUCUAAUGGGCCAACAACUUCUACUCUCCCCCAAAAACUUAGUGAUGCCAAAAACAAACAAGACAGUCUGGCUGCUCUCGUUGAUCUCUACAAAAGGAAGGUGAAUGCCUCUAUGGAUUUGGAGAAACAGCUGAGGAAGAUGGACAACACUGUCUCAGGUUUUGAGAAACAGCUUAGUAAUGAUUCUGCCAUCCCAGAUGCACCCAGUGCCAUCCAGAACGGUGUCCAAGAGGUUCAGAGUUUGAGAAAAAAUGUCACUGGAGCUCAAAGUGAGAUGCUGAAGCUUAGUGAGGACCUGGAGGCCCUUAAGAAGCUGUGCAGUUCUCUUCAGCAGGGGUACCAGGAGUACUGUCCUGAUAUACGCAGACAGGAGGCAGAGGUGAAGAAUCUUCAAAGCCGAUAUGCCAAUGUGAGCAGCCAGCUAAAUGAAAGGGAGAGGCUUUUUCAAGAGGCUGGCACAAAAUACCAGGACUUCCAGAAUGUGAGCCAAUCAUUAAGCUCCUUUUUAGAUAAUCUACCUGACAACAAGAUCAACCCUAAGGAUGAUUUGUCUCAAGUGAAUGCCAAGCAGAAGUCUCAGAAGAGGUUGGUGGAUGAUAUUCAGAGGAAGGGCGAUGACAUGGACAGGGUGGUUGAUCUCUCCAAAGAUCUCCAAAGUGUUCUUAAUGAAUAUGAGAUUAAUUGUGAUAAGUACAAAGCUACUCUUGAUGACACAUCUUCACCAAAUGCUAAAAGGCUUCACACCUCGACCCUGGCUGAGUCUGUUGCAAAACAGGAGAAGGAUCUUAUUAACCGUUACGCUGAGACAGCUGCUGAGAGUAACCAGUUACUCAAUCAGAUGGACUUAGCGAAAUGCAUCCUGGCUGAGAAUGUGGAAAGAGUAAAUGUAGUACAACAACAGCAGGUACAACAAAAAGCCAUUGAGGACACAGAAGGUCUCCAGAAAGAAUUAAAGGAGCAAAUUUCCAAACGUACCAAUACAGAGAAUGAACUUAGCACCCUCCAGAACAAAGUUUUAUUUCUGAAGAGUCGAAGAGGAGUGGAGCGACUGGAAGAGAAGGAGGUUCUGCAGUACUACCGUGACCCAGAACUUGAAGCUGAAUUGGAGGACUUUCAAAAGAAUAUCCAUGAAGAAGCCCUAACACGCUCCAAAACCCAGAGUGAGAUUGAGGUGUUGACCAGAAAGAUCACAAAUCUAGAAAGUGAACUAAAGUACACAAAGCCCAAGCUUGUGACAAGAGAGGUGACAGAAGUAGAGAAAGACCCUCAGCUGGAUGUAGAAGCCUCACACAUUCGAGAAAAGAUAAACACAUUGAGGAGUGAAAUUAGAGUUAAAGAACAAGAGAAAGCUCAUCUGCAAAUUGAAAUGUCAAUUUUGGAGCAAAAGAAGUACAACAUAAAAGAGAAGGUGGUGCAAAAGGAAGUGGUAAGGCUGGAGAAAGAUCCAGCAAUGUUGAAGGCAGUUAGGACAUUUGAGAUGGAGAUCUCAGAUGAAGGUGAGAGGAGCAAGUCAAUGAACAGAGAAAUCUCCCAAAUCAAGAGUCAGAUCGCUUCUCUUGAGAGACUUAUUCCAACUUUAGAGCCAAAGAUAGUCAUAAAGGAGGUGAAGAAGGUUGAGCAGGACCCUGGACUCAUAAGUGAGUCUAAAGAGCUUCUGGGUAGAAUAGAAGACGUUAGAAAUGAGAAUACAAAUCUCAUGACAGUGCUGAGUAACAUUCAAUCACGCCAUGUCCAAGUACAUCAAAUGAAACCCAAAGUGGAAGUCAAAGAAAUCAUAAAUGAGAUCUAUAGGGUGGCCCCUGAGACAGAGGCAGAGAUGCAACGCUUGAGAAGGGAGCUACAAGAUAACAGCAGGCAGAACUCAGACAAUGAAAUAAAAAUCAGCAUGGUCAAAAUGGAGGUUGAUGGUCUACAUGGGAAGAAUCCCAUUGUUGAGUAUAAGGAAAUUGUUCAGGAGGUUGUAAAAGAGGAAAGAAGUCCAGAGAAUGUAAGAGAAAUACAGAAGCUCUCAGAUCAGGUCUAUUCCUUAAAUAAAACCUACAAUAAUUUGCAAGAUGAGCUUAUCCGUUUAAGAAAAGACAGGGAUGAAUGGAGGACUGAAAGAUCAAAGGUUGAGACCAGGAUUGUCACUAAAGAUGUAACUAAGUAUGUUGAUGACCCACUUCUGGAAAAGGAAGCAGAUCGUCUCAGGAAAGAGGUCCGUGAGGAAACUCAGAGGCGUAGAACUACGGAGGAAAUGGUGUUUGAACUUCAAAAUAAAUACAUUCAGCUUGAGAGACAAAAACCAGAAGAAAAGGUAGUAGUGCAAGAAAUAGUGCGUCUACAAAAGGAUCCAGGGCAGAUUCUUGCUUAUGAAAGACUUGGCAGGAGUCUAGAUGAAGAAGUGAAGAAUCGGAGAAAAUUUGAGUUAGAGGUUCAGCAGAUGAGAACUUUGGUGGAAGAUAAGGAGAGAACCAUCAGAAGCAGUGAUGAAAGGCAGAGAAAGAUCCAGGUGGAAACUGAGCUGAGACAAAUCAAAUCCAGAAUCCACGAUCUAGAAACUGCCCCACCACCCAUUGAAGAAAACAUAGUUAUUGAAGAAGUUCUGAAAGUUGAGAGGGACCCAAAACUAGAUAAAAUGACCAAUGGUCUCCGAACAGACAUGGAUAAGCAGAGCGGUGAUAUUAUGCGUUUAGAGAGAGACAUCAGGAACUUGAAACUUCAGAUAGACAUCCUGCAGCGAGAUAAAUCAGUUGAGAAGACUGUCUAUAAGGAGGUUGUUCGUGUAGAGAAAGACCAGGCAGUGGAGGCAGAACGGUCCCACGUUCGAGAACAGGUACUUCAGCAGAAAAAUGCUAGACGAGACCUUGAGGACGAAAUCCACCGUCUAGUUGAGAAACUGCAGCGACUAGAAAGCAAAAGAACUAGCAUGUCCUUGGAGGAGACCAACCUGAUUCAUGAUAGGGAAAAACUGCAAAGAGAAAAAGACACCCUCCAGAGAGAGCUGAAAACUUUGGAGUCUGAAAGACAAAACAGCAGCAUAUCAUACCAGCAGCAGUCUAGACUGAUGAGUGAAAUAAAUCAAAUGAACAGGCAAAAAAGCAUCAAAAUGGAAACUGAUAUUCAGAGGCUGGAAAGGGACAUCCUGGAUGAGAAGGACAAAACCUACAAGCGUGAUAACACAAUCAGGGAGCUAAAAAACAGUUUGAAGAAAGAUGAUUCCUCAGAUACUCGAACUAAUGAGUUCAACGUCUCCACAAAGAUUAGCAUUCUGGAUCCUAACACUGGUAAAGACAUGUCACCAUAUGAUGCCUACAUGCAAGGCUUCCUUGAUCGUAACCAGUACAUUCACCUGCAGGAACUGGAAUGUGACUGGGAGGAAAUCUCCAAAUUAGGACCUGAUGGCGAGACAGCUGUUUUGCAAGAUCGCAAGAGUGGCAAACAAUACUCCAUCAAAAAUGCCCUAAGAGAAGGUAGGGUAACUAAAUACCAACUACAACAGUACAAGGAUGGCAAAAUGCCUAUCUCAGAGUUUGCUCUACUUGUGGCUGGUGAAAAAAAAUCUCUGUCAUACACCCCAAUUAACAGCCAACCAUCUCAAAAGCUAAACGAAGAGUUCCCCAUCUGUGGCGUGUAUGAUGCACUCACUGAUUCAUGUCUAAAUGUGCGCAAUGCCAUGGCUCGAAAGAUGAUUGACACCAACACUGCCCAAAAGCUGCUUGAAGCACAGGCAGCCACUGGUGGCAUUAUAGACAUCAGCAACGGUAUAAAAUAUUCUGUCCACAAAGCAGCUGAUCGAGGUCUGAUUGAGACCAGCCAGCAACAGCGGUUACUAAAUGCUCAAAAGGCCUUCACUGGAGUUGAAGACCCUAUGACAAAAGAACGUCUGUCAGUUGGAGAGGCUGUUCAGAAAGGGUGGAUGCCCAAAGAGAAUGCCAUGCGUUACAUGGAGGCACAGUAUCUGACAGGUGGGUUGGUUAACCCCAACAAAGCAGGAAGAGUCAACAUAGUGGAUGCUGUCAGCUCUAAAAUGAUUGAUAGUACAAUGAUGAGAGAGCUUCAGGAAGAGAUCAACUAUGCUAAAGAGUUAAUUGAUCCCAUUACCAAAGAGAAGAUCAACUACAAGCAGGCUUUAGCUCGUUGUAAAAUAGACCCACUUUCAGGUCUUCCAAUGUUUCCUGCUUCCUCCAAAGAAUUUGCCUAUACCUCAUACUUCAGUCAUACAUAGACACUCAUUUAAAGUCUGUUUAAAAAUAUUAUCAGUCAAUCUAGUUUCCACAGAGUUAACUGUGACCAUUUAUGCUUGGUUAAUAUGAAAAUAGUGACAUCAAAUCUGAUCUAUACUGUACUCACACUACAAUUGUAAAUCUUAGGUGCUAUAAUAUCUGCCAAAUUGAACACAUUACUUAAAUUUAUUCGACUCGACAACAGCUUUCAUUUACACAUCUCAACAGCUAAGAUGCUUGUGUUUACUUCCUCUAAGUGAUGGGGCAGAAUAUUCUAAUCUAAAUCUACAGUAUAAGAAAUAUUCAUCCACAAAUAUGGUAAAAAAAAUUAUGUUAUACUUGUUUUUUCCCCCAUGGCAUAAAGGGCCAGAAGUGCAAUUUCUGAUUUAAAGUGAUAAUACGUUUAAUUAUUUAUGCCAUUCUUUUAUCUUUGAAAUUUCUGGAACUACUAUAUGCUGAGAAUAAUUAAAAAGGUAAUUCCUUUUUUGUCAUUUUGUUACAUUUACUUUGUUUCUUCUAACUGAAAUCAGUACGUUCAAUAUUGGUAGCUAAUGUAUUAUUUGCAGUCAUAACAUGUUAGUUAGCAACUAAAUUUACUGUAAUGUAUCAUUUAAAAUGUUUUAAUG